UCACCUUUUCUAAACGAACUUCUUCAUAGGAAUUCUGUCCCAACACCUAUUCACCGUCUCCUUCAAAGUUCAAACCACCAUUUCUUCUCUUUUGUCUCUCUUUCAAAACACACAUAUUCUCUGCCAGAUUUUCUUUGGUUCCCAUGUCGCGGAUCCAUCCGACCACCAACAAAUGCCAAGAUUUGUCCAUAAAAGGAGCGAGCAGUGGCGUUGAUAUUAAUAAUGCAGGAGAUGAUGCUGUUAGCACCAAUCCUUCAUGUCCAUCUGCUGUGCUCACUGUGUGGAAGAGAUCCAGCAUGACUUUCCAGGGGACGGACGGAUUCACUGUGUUUGAUCAACAUGGAAGAUUGGCUUUUCGGGUCGACAACUACUCCAGAAAGAAAGGACAUGUUAAAGGAGGCCUUGUCCUCAUGGAUGGAGCAGGCAAAGCUUUGCUAACUCUCAAGCCCCAGGAACAGAUACUGAACAUGCAGUACCAGUGGAAUGGAUACAAAGGAGAAGGUGGAUGUGGGAAGAGUUUGAGUUCAUCAAAAGUGCUCUUCUCAAUGAGGAGAAGAUCAGGGCUUAUCCAGAGCAAGCAAGAAGAAGCGGAAGUGUUCAUGGGAGGAGCGAAAAAGCAACGUACAACGCCAGAUUUCAGGAUUGAGGGGUCGUUUAGGAGAAGGAACUGCAAGAUCAGAAGUGCAGUGACAGGAGAACUGGUGGCAAAGAUAGCUAGGAAGAAAGUAAACACGACAGUUCUAUUAGCAGAUGACGUGUUUAGCUUGGCGGUGCAGCCUGGGUUUGACUCUCAACUCAUAAUGGCUUUUGUUAUGAUACUAGAUCGCAUCUGUGUUAAGCCAUUUACCCCUUUUUUGUGUUCUUAGCCCUCCCCUCCGGCAUCACCUCCCCACCACCAUCACCACCUUGGCUAUUGUAUUUAAAUAAAAUAAAUGUCAUUAAUGUUU